AAGCAUUUCCUAGAAAUUACGCAAUUAAAGGAAGUAGAUUUACUUUUACUGAGUUAUCAAGACAACACAUCACGGGAGAACAAUUGCUUAUUUGGAAAGCCACAAUCGACCUUGUUGAACGAUAUGAAGCCUUUUUGAUUGGGGAUGUAACAGCAAACAAUUCUGAUAUUUAUUAUAAUUGCACAGAUAAUUGGUUUGGUAAUGUAUGUGAAUAUUCAUUUUCUCAUAAAAAAAGUGAAAUAACAUUACGAGAAAUUGUUCAUAAUUCGUUCACAUGGAAAAACUUUGCCAGUCCAAAACACGUUCCAUGUUAUGUACUGUUAAAGGUAAAAACUCAAUGUUUAGUCUGAAAAUAAUAAAAACAAAAGGAUUACAGUAUAUUGCAAUGAGUUUAGAUUGAGACGAUUAUACAUCAGUUAAACAAAACAUUAUUUACUAAUAAAGCAACUUCCUCGGAUGCUUUGUUCGCAUGGGCGACAUAUACUAUUCCAUGAACUUAUAAUCGAUUCAAAGCCUUCUAGUUGACUUGAAAAAAACUGAACAGUAUAAAAUAAUAAAUUUUGUCUCUCUGCAAAAUCUCCUAAGACGAAGCAUUAUACAUUGUCGAUGACUUGAAUAGCAUCUAAUAAGAAGAAUUUGGUGUUUUGUAAAGUUUGAUAUAUCAGAGAUAUUGAUUCUAUUGUCCAAAUGAAUUAUCCUCAUCUGAAAGAAUAGACGAUAAUGACGAAAGAAAGUCAGAGUUAAAUGAAUUUGUUUAAAGAGUGAUUAGUGCUGCUUUCUAGUGCCAAGAUAUCCUAUAAACAAAUAUUCUCUGAAACCGUAAUCCAUAAAAAAAGAGCUGCUUUGAAUUAAUCCUAAAUUAAAACAUUUCCAGUCACUGAACGACUUUAAAAGACUAGAAGAGUAUAAAAUAAGGACCAUUCAAAUGCAAAUAUUGAACUGCUGGUGAAGCAAACGAUAUCCUAUCCUUCGUAGUAUUUCAUCGAGAGAAAGGAAAACAUAAUCGCACGCGUUGUUCUGGAAAAUUGAUAAACUUCAGUUAAAGCGUAUGAUUUUUCUAUUUGACUAUACGAUUCAUAUAAAAUAACUCGCAUUCAGAUCAAAAGUGAAGGGAGAAACGGUGGACUUCAAGUACUUAAAAGUAGCUCGCAAUGGUCUCAAGUAGCCCAAAUUAACUUCAAGUACAAUUUAUACCGUUUCGCCCUUGUAAAAUGUAUUCACAGUUCAGAUCUGUAUUAUAAUAUCAUCACAGAAUUAUUCUAGCUUCGCGCACAUUUAUCACAUGUCAAAACGAUAUAUGCAGCAGAAUUCAUUUAGAAAGUUAAAUGAAAAAAUUUUCCAGAGAAGAAACAUAAUUUUGGAUGUUUUUUUUUCAAACAGUUUUAACAGAUUCUAUUCAUCGUAUCUGCAAUCUAUACGGCAUAUUGUUGUAAUGAUAAAUUUGUUAGCAAUGAUUUUAUUCGCGGUUUUUUAUUAUUAUCUCGAUUAUUUGUUCUAAUUGAUAAGUUAAAAGCCCAUAUUAUAUUUUGUAUUUAACUUAAUUAAAUCUAUAUCAUAGUGUAAUCGUGGUCCAUCGGUACUUUGUCUUGACUGGCGUGAAAUAUGCGACGGUAAAAUUGAUUGUCUUCACAAUGAAAUAGACGAAGAAAAUUGUGGAGAAAUUGAAAUGUCUAAUAUGUUGAUAAAUAAUAAUGCAAAUGAAUUUAUAUGUCAUAAUGGAAUGCAAAGUAUUACUGCAACAUUUUAUCACAAUAGCGUCUUUAAUCCAGAUUGUAUGGAUCGAUCUGAUGAACGGUAUGAUGUGACAUAUUGGAAGGAAUGCUUUCGGGAUCCUGCUUUCCGAUGCGAAGAACAUACAUGUCAUCCUGGACGUGGUAUAGCAAGAUUGAACUGUGGAGAUGGAGAAUGCGUGAAUGAUUUACGUGAAUGUACCAAUCAACGUGGAUUUUAUAAUACGGAUCAAUGGAUAUUGGUUAAUAUUUCUAAAUUAUGCUGGAAUUCGAUGGUUUGUCUAACACAAAUGAGAGACAAUAUUGAUAAUCAACAUUGUUCUUUCUUUUGUUAUUUCGAAUGUGCAUACAACGUUAUCAAUCAUUGUCCAUCGAUUUUUCGUUUUCCACCAAAUUUUAUUGCUUUCAAUCAUAUCUUCUUCCUUUAUACGAGCCAAAAUGCAGAUGUACAGAAAGAAGAAAUUCUACCGUCACACAUUUGCUAUGAUUCACAGCAAUGCAAUAUUGCUAAUUUUUCAAUGAAAAUGAGUUUUGUUCAAUAUGGUAGUUCAUGUGUUAAUUUUUCUCAAUUUGGUUUUCAAUUUUCUAAUCUCCCCACAUUGUCCGAACUUAGUCGUCUGAUUGAAAGCUACUUUAUUAGUGCAUGUUCAAAAAAACCAAGUACCAUCCAUCAUUGUCAUGAUGAAAAUCUUUAUCAAUGUGCCAAUUCAUCAAAAUGUAUUUCGAAACGUCGUCUUAUUGAUGGAAUUCAAGACUGUACUGAUAAUGAUGACGAAAAUUUUAUUGAUUCAUGUUCGAUUAAUGACACAUUUCGUGUGAGAUGUUCGGAAAAAGAAAACAAAUGUAUUUCACCUAUACUUAUCAAUGAUGGCUAUGAAGAUUGUAAGUUUCAAGAGGAUGAAAGUAAAUAUGCUUUAAAUGAUUAUCGAAGACAAUUGGACAUUUCAUUUCCAAGUAUAUGUGAUGGUUUUCGAGAAUUAAUGCCAAUUAAAAUCGAUGGUCAUUAUGAAACUGAUGAGACUGAAUGUGAAUUUUGGCCAUGUAAUAAUCUUUAUACAAGAUGUGAUCAUAUAUGGAAUUGUCCAACAGGUAUCGAUGAAAGAUUUUGUUCGAAAAAUAUGACUUGUCAUUCGAUCGAUAAUUUAUGUGUUUCGCAAAAUAAAUAUGUUGAUAUAUGUUUACUUGCUCAGUGUAGUGACAUAAAAAAUUGCUCUUUACCAGUAAAUACAUUUCCCGCGACAUAUUGUAUGAAUAAUUCUAUAAUCAAAACUCAUUUGAGUUGUUGGACUAAAGAUGAAUAUUUGCCCGUGUCAUUAGUAUGUGGUUUGAUGAAUGGUUACAUUAAUGAUCAUAGUUUAUGGCCAAUGCAUUUAGAGCAUCAGCUGUUCUACUGUCAUAAUAAUUUUACAAGAAAUAAUCGAACACUUUUGUGUACUCUAACUUUUCGUUACAAACCACGAUACUACAGUUAUUUUUUAUUUCACAGAAAACCGAGGACAACUAGCAUUAAGACAAAUAAUCGAAUAUCAUUUACGAUUCCGUUUGAAUCGAUAAGACAUAAACGAGAAUGGAAUCUAGUAGAUGAAGAAUUAUAUUUUUGUCAUCGAGGUCUAUCAAUCUUGUUCUACGAUGGUCAAGAGAAGCAACGAUGUCUUUGUCCGCCAAGUUAUUAUGGUGAUUUAUGUCAAUUUCAAAAUCAACGUGUUAGUCUUACGUUAAAAAUUGAAACCGAUGCCGAUUGGCGAACAGUUUUCAAUGCUGUUAUUAUGUUAAUCGAUAAUCAAGGGGCAAUUGAAUCAUACGAUCAAGUAUUUUAUGUACCAAUGCUUGAUUGUGAUCUAGUGAAUUACAAUAUUUAUCUUCUCUAUCGUUCACGACCAAAGGAUCAAAUGAAAAAUUAUAGUAUUCAAAUACAUGUUUACGAUAAACAAACAAUGAUAUAUCGUGGUAGUUGGCUGUUUUCUUUAACAUAUUCAUUUCUUCCUGUUCAUCGUAUGGCAGUGAAAAUAACUAUUUUACCAACUCGACCAGUACGAUGUUCAUUGACAUGCAAUUAUAACGGUGAAUGUGUUGAAUAUGUAAAUAGAAACUAUGGUAAUGCAAUGUUUUAUUGUCGAUGUAAUCCCGGUUGGUCAGGUACAUAUUGCACUGUGAAACACGAUACAUGUCAUCUUUGUGCACCCGAUUCGUUAUGUGUGAAUCAGAAUAUUUGCAUGUGCCCUCUAGGCAGAGAAGGUCCUCGAUGUUAUCUUAAAUCAAUUGCAUGUUCAUUAUCGUUAAAUCGUUGUCAAAAUGGUGGUUUAUGCAUACCAUCGGAUAUGCGUCGAGGACAUUAUAUUAAAGGUUGUUUAUGUCCCGAAGGUUUUUCCGGUCAAGUAUGCCAAGUUUUGGAGACAGAAAUUCUUAUUUCCUUUCAUUCAAAAAUAAAAAUCCCGGAAUCGAUUCUUGUUUAUCUGAUUUCUAAUACGAUAAUGCACACAAACAAAUCUAUUUCAAUAUUCAAACGAAUUCCCUUUGAUAAAAAUUCAGUAAUAUUAUAUACUCCUAAUCCAUUUUUUUUAACAUUUGUUGCCCUCUCUAUAAACGACUAUUAUCUGACUUACACAGUCGAUGAUAUUGAUUUAUCGAGAGAGAAAAAUAAUCGAACAACGUUUCCAAUGAUAAUUGACCCAUCUCGACGCUGUCCACAUAUUCAUGAAUUAUUUAAUAGUACAUGGAUUUCUCUUCAUCUUCUUCGUCGUGUUAAAUACUAUCAAUUGCCAUGUCAACAACGACCAAAUUUAGCUUGUUUCUAUGACGAAGCAUAUAUGUGUUAUUGCACAAAGACAUAUGGCAGUCGCGAAGCUGAAUGUUUCGUAGCUAAUCACGAUGAAACAAACAUAUGUCAAGGAACGAAUAAUGGUGGUUGUCUUAAUGGUGCUCGAUGUUUUCAGGAUAGAUUAAUAUGUCCAACAGUGUCAAAAUGUAUUUGUAAAGAAUGUUUUUAUGGAAAAUAUUGUCAGUUUACAACACAAGGUUUCGGCCUAUCUCUCGAUGCCAUUAUUGGCUAUCAAAUUCAAUACAAUGUUCCAUUUUUGAGUCAACCAUUAGUUGUUAAAAUUAGUGCAUCAGUGGUAAUGAUCAUGACAAUAAUUGGGCUGUCCGGAAACUUUCUCUCAACAUUAACAUUUCGUUCAAAGACUAUAUGCGAAAUUGGUUGUGGCAUGUAUUGUUAG